AGCAGAAGGCCUGCAAGGUGCAGGCUGGGAGUUGUAGUCCACCGCCUCCUGGGCGUCGCAGGGAAGGGGGCAGGGAGACUGCAUUUCCCAGCACGCCAUGCGCGCGCAUGCGCCUUUGCUUGUCCAGUCGCUGACUGCUGGGCCGGUUGGCCAGCCGGGUUUGUAAGUGUCAGAGGUCGCUGCGCUGCCCCACAGCCGUGCGCUCGGGGAGAUGGACGGCUAGAGCCCGCGGCCCUCCGCUUCCUCUUCGCCGCCAGCAUGUUCGGCCGCUCCCGCAGCUGGGUGGGCGGUGGGCAUGGUAAGGCCGCCCGCAGCAUCCACUCCUUGGACCAUCUCAAGUAUAUGUAUCAUGUUUUGACUAAAAAUACCACAGUAACGGAUCACAACCGCAAUCUGUUAGUGGAGACUAUUCGUUCUAUAACUGAGAUCCUUAUAUGGGGAGAUCAGAAUGACAGCUCCGUGUUUGACUUUUUCUUAGAGAAGAACAUGUUUGUUUUCUUCUUGAACAUCCUGCGUCAGAAAUCUGGUCGUUAUGUAUGUGUACAGCUGCUGCAGACCUUGAACAUCCUCUUUGAAAAUAUUAGUCACGAGACAUCACUCUAUUAUUUGCUCUCUAAUAACUAUGUAAAUUCUAUCAUUGUCCACAAAUUUGACUUUUCUGAUGAGGAGAUCAUGGCAUAUUAUAUCUCAUUUCUGAAAACACUUUCCCUGAAACUCAACAAUCACACUGUACACUUUUUUUACAAUGAGCACACUAAUGAUUUUGCCUUGUAUACGGAGGCCAUUAAAUUUUUUAACCACCCAGAGAGCAUGGUCAGAAUUGCUGUCAGGACUAUAACUUUAAAUGUCUACAAAGUGGACAACCAGCCUAUGUUGCACUACAUUCGAGAUAAAACUGCUGUCCCCUACUUCUCCAACCUUGUUUGGUUUAUUGGGAGCCAUGUGAUAGAACUGGAUACCUGUGUGCAGACUGAUGAAGAGCACAGAAAUAGAGGCAAACUGAGUGAUUUGGUAGCAGAACAUCUGGAUCAUUUGCAUUAUCUUAAUGAUAUCCUUAUCAUUAAUUGUGAAUUCUUAAAUGAUGUGCUCACAGACCACCUACUUAAUAGGCUGUUUCUGCCUCUCUAUGUGUAUUCAUUAGUAAAUCAAGAUAAGGGUGGGGAGCGUCCAAAAAUAAGUCUCCAAGUUUCUCUCUAUCUUCUCUCACAAGUUUUCCUGAUUAUACAUUAUGCACCUCUGGUGAACUCGCUGGCUGAGGUUAUUCUUAAUGGAGACCUUUCAGUAUUCUCCUCAAAAGUUGAGCAAGAUAUCCAGAGAAGUUCAGCAAAAUCAAGCAUCAGAUGCUUCAUAAAACCUACAGAGACACUGGAGAGAUCUCUUGAAAUUAACAAGCAUAAGGGAAAGAAGAGGUUGCAAAAAAGACCCAACUAUAAAAAUGUUGGUGAAGAGGAGGAAGAGGAGAGAGGACUUGAGGAUACUCAAGAAGACCCAGAUAAGGCUAAAGGUACAGAGGGUAGUUCAAAAGGCAUCAAGGCAAGUGGGGAAAAUGAAGAAAUAGAGAUGGUAAUCAUGGAGCGGUGUAAGAUGUCAGAAUUAUCUAUCUCAACGGUGACAGAGCAGAAUACAACUGAUGAAGAAAAGAGUGCUGCUGCCUCUGGGAGUGAAAUGACAAACUGGAGCAGGCCUUUUCUCGAUAUGGUAUAUAAUGCACAGGACUGUGCUGAAGAUGAUUACUAUGCUCUCUUUGUACUUUGUCUUCUGUAUGCAAUGUCUCAAAAUAAAGGAAUUGACCCAGUCAAGCUGGAGAGAAUUCAGCUUCCAGCCCAGCAUGCUGAGGAGAAAAGCUCAUACAACCACGUACUUGCAGAAAGGCUCAUCAGGAUAAUGAAUUAUGCUGCUCAACCAGAUGGAAAAGUUCGUCUGGCAACACUGGAACUGGGCUGUCUAUUACUAAAGCAGCUGGUAUUAUCUAAAAGUGGCAGUAUUAUAAAAGAUGUUCACCUUGCUUGCCUUGAGGGUGCAAGAGAAGAGAGUGUUCAUCUUCUGCGGCACUUCUAUAAGGGAGAAGAGAUUUUUCUGGAUAUGUUUGAAGACGAAUACAGGAGUAUGACAAGUAAGCCCAUGAAUGUGGAGUACUUGAUGAUGGAUGCCUCCAUUCUGCUCCCACCAACGGGGACACCACUAACUGGUAUUGAUUUUGUGAAAAGACUGCCAUGUGGAGAUGUGGAAAGAACACGAAGAGCAAUCAGAGUUUUCUUCAUGCUCCGUUCACUGUCACUGCAUUUGCGAGACGAGCCAGAAACUCAGUUGCCAUUGACAAGGGAGGAGGAUCUAAUAAAAACAGAUGAUGUUCUUGACUUGAAUAACAGCGAUUUAAUUGCUUGUACAGUGAUUACAAAAGAUGGAGGUCAAGUUCAGAGAUUUCUGGCUGUGGAUAUUUACCAGAUGAGUUUAGUUGAGCCAGAUGUUGCCAGACUGGGCUGGGGAGUAGUUAAAUUUGCGGGCCUUUUGCAGGAUAUGCAGGUAACUGGAGUAGAAGAUGACAGCAGAGCUCUGAAUAUAAUAAUUCACAAACCUGCAUCUAGUCCGCAUUCUAAGCCCUUCCCCAUUCUCCAAGCCACAUUUAUUUUUUCUGAUCACAUUCGCUGUAUCAUUGCGAAGCAGCGUUUGGCAAAGGGCCGCAUCCAAGCUCGACGUAUGAAAAUGCAGAGAAUUGCGGCUCUCCUGGAUCUUCCUGUCCAGCCUUCAACUGAAGUGAUGGGUUUUGGACACAGCUCUGCAUCUGCAUCACAGCACCUGCCAUUUAGAUUUUACGACCAGUCACGGCGUGGCAGCUGUGACCCUACUGUACAGCGAUCUGUUUUUGCAUCUGUUGACAAAGUCCCAGGUCGUCUUUGAAUUUAUUGAAGCCAGCAUUUACUACUACUUAGCCU